UUCACUUUCUAUGGCUACAGCAUAAACACACAUAACAGGCUUUGCUUUGUGUAUUAUACUCACACCGGUUGCAGGAGCAGGAGCAGACAGGCUGCAGGGACAGUGGCCCAUCUUCAAACCCAAAUAUGAAUGGAAUCAAUGAAAUGACAAAUUAUAUUAAGAGCUUCAGCCUCAAUGACUGUCCCAGAGGAAAUCAGGGCUACGACCGAAUCCUCCUCCAACUCUUUGGGUUUUUGGGACACGGCAAAUCCUCCUUCAUCAACACCUGCAAGUACGUCUUGGAAGAUGGGGAGUACCACAACUAUACAAAUGCAAAAAUGUCACAAGGUGGUGACACUAAAGCCAGAAUAACGUAUCCGAUGACUGACACCAUGACAUUGGUGGACAACCGUGGCUGCGCCGUGAUGAACGAUUAUGAGACAGGAGAGAUUUAUGCCCAGCUGGCAAAUCUGCUGCCACUGGAUACAGGAGUGGAGUGGAGCGAAGGAUUUGGGCUCACAGAGAGGAUUAUAAUGGCUGAGCAAUCAAUAAAUUCCUCGGACAUAAUUUUCCCAAUCUUUGUGUACAGUGUGAAGACGGGUCUGCAAUCAUCGGCGGUGCCAGAGAUCAAGCAGUUGCUUGAAUUUGCUAGAGAUAUAACAGGCAUAUGGCCGGUCGUUGUCCUCACCCAUAAGACUCAAGGAGACGUGACUGAUAUGGAGAGAACAUUUAAAAACAUGGGAGUGGAGUGGAUUUUUUCCCUUGAAAAUUUCACCCCUGAAGACACCAUAAAGACAAGAGGAAGACACGAGGAAGUCCUACGGUUCUUCUGCGAAGUGAUUAAAGAUGUUGGGUUUCGCCUGGAGCGAAUGGCGGACCCGGUCGAGCAAAGGAAGCAACGGAAGCUAAAGGUGUUCAAAUUCAUGUCUGACAGAGAUGAGAGAAAGAAACAGGAGGAGAUGAGAAUGAGAGAGCUGGCGAUGCAGAGAGAAACAGAGCGGAGGUUAGAAAGAGAGCGGGAGGAAAGCAGAAUAUAUCCUGGGAUUGGUAGAUUUAGGGACCCACAUCAAUGUAAACCACAAUAAAAUGAAUGUACUAUAUACAUAAAAUCACAAAAUGAAAACGUUGACUGCAUAUUUCCGAUGUUAAGCUCUGUUAUGGCAAAAAAAAGUCUAAAUUUGGUCUAACAUUAUUCAUAUCGUUAUGAAGGUGUGACAAGUAGAACAAUGAAUUGAUUCCUAUUUGAUAUUAACUGUUAUGUAUUGACUGUUAAUGAAGAUCAGUAGAUGACAUGAUUACAUGUGUAACUUAAUAUUGUUAUUCUGUUCCACUGGUUAUUGUUCCUCUAUCAUCUGCCUCUCUGUCUGUACCUUCCUCCCAACUUGUACUGAGUAAAGUUUUGUUCUACUAUCA